AUGUCCUUCGACGCGGAUGGUCUAUUCUUCAAGACAAGGCGGCGACACCUCUACACAGCCUGCCUCUCGUUGGUCCUCGUCUCCCUCGUGAGCGUCCUAGCGUCCAGUUUCUGGACGGCACGAACAUCAAGCUAUCCCGUCCAGGUGGAAGAUGAAAUUCAGGCCCCUGCCGCGCAGGAGCCGAUACAACAGUUGGAUAAAUGGCACUCACUGAACUAUCUCAAGGGUGCACCUACAGAUAGCCUCAGAGAUAAUCUGCGACCAGAUGUGAAGUACAUCAGUUCGUGGAUAUCAGCCGGUUGGACCAACGAUGUGAUGACUUAUAUUAAUCUCAUAUAUCUCGGUUUCCUGACGAAGCGCGCACCAAUCAUCGCCAUGUUCACCCCAUCCCAUAUCGGCGGUCACGUCCCUCCAGUGGACUUUGGAGAGGUCUUCGACGUUCCGAGACUUCGCGAGGCACUCCAAAUGCCGGUUAUAGAAUGGCACGAAGUCAAGAAUCGCAAUAGUGGGGUUCUAGAUGAGAUUGGGUGCUGGGAUACUUGGCAGGCAGUUCAGGACCGAGAGCACUACCCGCGGCGAAGUGUGGUGCCCGACCUUCUGAAACUUGACAUUUCCUACACCAAGGCACCUUCAUGGAUCAAGGUCAUUCCCAACUACGAGCACGACCAGCACAGUUCUUUCUCAGCAUUAGCCACGCUGGCCUUCCCGGAGACCCGCAAUGAAAACGCCGUCGAGCCUAUGGAGUCACCGCAACACCGCGUCAAGCUCCCUACAGACCAGCAGCUCCUGUGCUAUGAUUACCUCUAUUACGUUUGCUCGCACCAGCCAUUCGAGUUCGAUUACGACUACAGCCCAGCUUGGCUGUUUGUUGGACAGCACAUGCACUGGACUCCAAGGCUAGAAAGUCUUGCCGAUCAAUACGUGCGGAGCGCCUUUGGACUCCAAGAAAAGGCCGAGACUCCACCCUACAUCGGCAUUCACAUUCGACACGGCGACUUCGCGAACUGGUGUGGUACGGUUCCGGUUGAAGAGUGCUUUGCGCCUAUUUCUGUUAUCGCACGGCGAGUCGAGGAAGUGAAGCUUGAAAUCCUGGAAAGAAGGGGCAUUGAGGUGAACCAUGUCAUAAUGACAAGCGAUGAGCGGAAUGCGACAUGGUGGGAAGAGGUGACGGCUCAAGGAUGGUUUGGAAUUGACCAUUCAAAGACCGUCGAGCUUUACGGCGCGUGGUCAGUGUAUUCUAUUGUUGGUGCCUCGUCUUCCGCUAACCCAGAAGCAGGUACCCCGUCCUUAUCGAUGCUGUCAUUCAAUCUGGAGGAAUCGGCUUCGUUGGUACUGAUCGCUCGACGAUGUCGGUACUUGCUCGUCGUCGAGUGCAGUCGUGGCGAGAUGGUGUGGUGA